AUGUCCAGCCAUGGCCAUUCCACUCUCUCAGUAUCCUCUGUCCCCAGUGUGGUCCCGGAUUCAGAACCUGUGACCCUCGUCGCCAAUGCUUCACAGGAUCGCGCGUUGGGCAUCCUUCAAGCUCAACUGAAGGCUGGCGAAAGUGAUUCCGAAUUGUAUAAGAACAAGGAGAUUCAGUUUGUGGGUGGAGAGGAAGAGAGCUGGUCCGAUGACCCUAUUAACCCUCGAAACUGGUCGCUUGGGAAGAAAUGGACUAUGGUUCUUGUUGUUUCUCUUUACGCUUUUGUCACGCCUCUUGCAAGUUCCAUGAUGGCUCCUGGUCUUCCCGAUAUCGCCGAGCAUUACAUGAUCAUGAAUUCCACCGUCGUGGCAUUAACGCUUAGCAUCUUCCUACUUACGUUCGCAUUCGGGCCUUUGAUAUUCGGACCACUUUCUGAGAUAUUUGGUCGCACCUGGGUUUUCCAUAUCUCUAACAUAUUUUUCCUUGCAUUCAAUCUCGGCUGCGCGUAUGCCCAGAAUACGGGCACACUUAUCGGUUUUCGGCUACUCGCUGGGUUUGUUGGUAGUGCGCCUAUCACAGUCGGCGGCGGUACCGUCAGCGAUUUGUUCUCUGAACGGGACCGUGCGUCGGCCAUGGCCGUCUUCACAAUAGGCCCCCUGGUUGCUCCAGUCGUGGGUCCGAUUGCUGGCGGGUUUAUCACAGAGACGAUUGGUUUCAAGUAUGUGUUUGUUAUAAUCGCCGGUCUAUGUUUCCUUGCGGGACUCUUCGGCAUUCCGUUCCUUCGCGAAACAUACGCCCCGGUUAUCCGUCUGCGGCGGGCAAAACGUUCGGGCGACGCCGAAAGGGCCAUUCGGGAGUUGUUCCCGGAGUACGACAACAAGCUGCAGCGGAUGUGGGCCGAUAUGACACGGCCGUUCAUUCUGCUCACACGUAGCCUUGUGUGCUUUGUAUUGAGUUUAUAUCUGGCCUUGAUGUAUGGUAUCUAUUAUUUGAUGUUCACGACAUUCCCUCAACUGUUCAUUGGGACGUACCACUUUACGACCGGAACGAGUGGUCUUGCAUAUAUAGGGCUCGGUCUGGGCUUCAUGUCGGCUACUGUUGUCGGGGCGAGCGUCGCGGAUCGCCUAUACAAGAGUCUUGCACGUCGAAACAACGGUAUUGCAAAACCUGAGAUGCGCAUUCCCGCGCUUUUCUUCGGAUCUCUUUUCGUGCCUAUUGGGCUAUUCUGGUAUGGCUGGUCUGCGCAGGCAGGGUUACACUGGAUUAUGCCCAUAAUUGGCACCGCUAUAUUUGGAUUUGGGACAAUGACAGCUUACCUUCCUAUUCAGCUAUACCUUGUCGAUACAUUCACUCACGCCGCGAGCGCGACCGCUGCAGGAUCGGUGUUCCGCUCGCUUCUGGGCUUUGCAUUCCCCCUCUUCGGUGAACAGAUGUUCACCAGGCUUGGAUACGGCGGGGGCAAUUCCCUCCUCGCAGGCCUGGGCAUCGUCAUCGGGAUCCCGUUCCCUAUCUGGCUAUAUAUCACCGGCGAACGGGUCCGCGCGCGGAACAAACUCUCUCGCCAAUCGGUCAUAUACCAAGUUCGAAUCUAA